ACGGUUGGUCAUAAGCCUAUGGUGUAUUGGCUAACUUUUUGCGGGCUUUGUUUUGUUGUGUGGUGGUUAAAGUGAAGUGAAAAAUGCCGACAAGUGCAGUGUAUCAGCCAACGACGGUGACGUACGAGCAGCAGCCUAGCGAUCAGCGAUGGAACUGCCCCAUCAGCUAUUUCUCGCGCCGCGUGACAAAUAGCCUGAACAGAGCGGUUUGCAUAAGGCUCGGACUGUGCCUCAUUGGAAGCACGUUCUUCAUUGUUGGUUUGGCACUGCUGAUUGCAGGGGGCGUGCAGUACUCAGAUGCACCCACUUACAUGCCGUUGGAGGGCGCGGAUUAUGGUCUCGGUACACUCAUCGCUGGAGGAGUUAUUCUCACCCUCGGGCUGCUCUUUAUUGGCGUUGGCGGAUGGGCAUGGUCAUCCAGAUGGGGAGGUGGAAAGGAGGCGCCGGCCAGCGGAGCGGCAGCCCUUACAGCGUUGAACCCCUCGACAGACCCGCUCGUGGCCGCACAGUACGCCCCUGUUCGGGACGCUCCGCCCGCCCCGGAUGACGAGAUGCGCAAUCUCAUGGACAAUAAGGAAUGCAUGAGUAGCGCGGAGGAGAGUGACAAGAUGCUGGACGGCAGGCCAUCAAUCGCAUAAACUGAAACAUCACCGAUGUUUCUAAAGCUUCAGGCUAGUCCUAAGCGUCGCGUUACAUCGACGCACCGGAGUGAUAACGAAGUAAAUAUAAGGCAUUAGGUUACGCUAUUUACAUAAGUAAUUAAUAGAAUUUAUUUUUAUUAUAAUUGUAAACUCAAGUAAUCAUCAUCAUGAAGUUACUUAACUAUCACUCCGGCGCGCAGUGGGCCCAAAUUGAUAAUUCUUGAACUUGUAGAGUAUCGAGCUAAUUUUUUUUAUAUGAUAGAUAAAAAUACACA